AUGGACGCCCACGUGGACACGUUCAACGCGAUCAACGGCCUGAACGACGGCCACACGAUGUUUUCAUCGAACUGCUUCUUCAGCAUGGCCAGCUUCUUCCUGCCUCUCCCGCUUUUUGCGGUCGUGGAGGACGGUCAGCAGAUCGUUCGCGUCGCCACGCGCCGAUACCUGGCGUGGUUCAACGGAAUUGAAGAGGACGCGAAGAAAAUCUGGGGCUUCGAUUUCUCCGCCUACGAGUUACAACAGGUGCUCACAAUCGAGGGCCAGCCUGCGGUGCAGUAUAUCAAGCAGUGGGCGGACAAAUACGGUGGCAUGGUGCGCAACCCCAGUGCGCGCUUCAACAUGAUGUUUGCCGGGCUUGAUGCACAGGGCCGAGCCAGCUUGUGGCAGCACCCGGGGGAGUUCGCUCUCAGGGAGCUGGUUCCAGAGAGCGACACUCUGCAGGUGUCCAUUCUUAGAGGGGGGGCAGCAGAGAACGUGAGUGUGCCAUGGAUGGCUGUCUCGAGCUCAGAGCCCUUCACCGACUCGCACUCCUACUGGACCCUCAACUGCGCCAAGCACCAAGAGCCCUGUGCUGACGACGCUGCUGCUGGCAAUGCCGCAAGCACCACCAGCAGUAGCAGCAGCAGCAGCGAAGAGAGGGACUCCCGGGCGCCGCCUCCUGUGUUCCAGCGGGAUGUGCUGAGGAGGCGACCUCAGUAUAGGCAUCGCCAGCAACCCCACAGGCGGCAGCAGCAGCCGCAGCAGCAGCCGCAGGAGAAGAAAGAACAGAAGGAGCAGAGCAGCGACGAGGUUACACCCAGGAUACUGGCUGGCGAGGACGGGGCAGCGAUCACAGUGGAGAGAGUGUCUGCUGAAGAUGCCUAUUACCUGGUGUAUCUGGUGAGCAACCGCACGGCAGUGAUAGUGCUGCACACGUUCGACGUGGACAGCACCACGGCAGUGGAGCUAGCAGUCACCAGCCCUGACGUACACCCCGUUGACUACCUCGCCGGGGAGAUUCUCAGAGCCAUGGAUGCCGCCAGGAGCACCAACUGCGCGGAGGUCAUAUUCGACGUGCGCGUGAACGGCGGCGGGUUUACCGCGCUGGGCUCAGUCACAGUUGUCACCCUUCUCGGCACGCGAAACGUGCCUCUAGCGAACGCAACCCUACCCAUGGACUUCAUUAUAGGCACAAACUUCACCUGGAGCCUCAUGGAAGAUCAGGCCAUUCCAGACUACGUCACGGACGGCUAUACGCACCCCGGCGACGGCGCGUCGGUGCUCUCGUCUUCGCAAGACUACACGCCGCUGCAGAACAUCUCGUUUACAGAGGCCGGUCGCGCCGGCACCUAUACCGCGGAUUUUAAGUCGUAUUUCGAGAAUUUCUACGGCGGAUUGGCGGAGCGCGCGGGAUCCGCGGAGCCGUUUUUCGGCGCGCGGCCGUUUUUGUUUCUGGCGGACGGCGACUGCUUUUCCACGUGCGCCAUCCUCACGCACAUGCUGGGUAAACGCUACAAAGUACCCAUGGUAACCGUGGGUGGUUACCUCGACCAGCCCGUGUCCGUGAGCGCGUCGUGCCUGGGCUACACCAUGCUCUCGUUAAACUGCGCCGUCUCGGUUCCGCUAAGCCGCACGAGCCACGCCAACGACCCGCGCGCGUCGAAACCGUUUAAGACGAACAUGGAUGUUUCCAUGGCGUUUACUAACGGGUAUGUGGACUCGAGCGUUCCGUGCGAGUUCGAAUUUCUGCCGAGUCAGCGCCACGUGGACUACACCGUAGAUCGCAUCGACAAGCCCUGGGUCAUCUGGAGCGACGUCGCAAAACUCUUCCCGGAAUUGCCGCUGCCGCCGGUGAUCGCACAGUCGCAGGCUGCAGCGUAA